UGUCUACCAGGGGAAUUAGCAAAUCAGCUCACAGAGCAACAAAUGUGGCCCACACCCAUUCAAGGGAGAGAGAAAAAAAACACAUUGCGCAUGGGUCUCCAACUUAACACUCCUGUCAACUUAUUAACAGCAUAACAGUUGCACAAAUUCAUCGCGGAAAGGGAGUUAAAGGAAAACUUCUUGCUUGACUUGGACUUGUAUUGACUGUUCAUCAUGGAGGCAUCAACCACAGCAGGUACGAUAGUCUCCUCGUCAUCGGUCUUCACCUCCUCGUCCAGAAACAUUUCCACAAUACUCUUCACACAACCCUCCGUAACUGGAGUUCUGACAACAACUCCUACACAUAUGACUGAAACAACCACAGACACUUCUGUAGGAGUUCUGACAACUUUUGCACAUGUGACUGAAACAAUCUCAGACGCUUCUGUAGAAGUUCUGACAACUUUUGCACAUAUGACUGAAACAAUCUCAGACGCUUUUGUAGGAGUUCUGACAACAACUCCUACACAUAUGACUGAAACAAUCUCAGACGCUUCUGUAGGAGUUCUGACAACUUCCGCAGAUAUGACUGAAACAACCGCAGAUGCUUUUUUAGGAUUUCUGACAACAACUUCUGCAGAUAUGACUGAAACAACCUCAGAUGCUUUUUUAGGCCCCAGGGUCUGCAACAGCACUAUGCAAGGGGCACCACCAAGCAAGCGGAACCACCAAGACCAAGGAGCUCUCCAAACAGUGGGAGCCGCCAACGUAGAUGAUGAAUCCGUUCGAGCCAUUGUCGUAGGAGUCCCUUUAGCGCUGUUCCUGGCGAUUCUCCUGGCGCUGGCGCUGGCGCUGGUGCUGCUGUGCUGCACCAGCAAGCGUAAGGGCACUUACUACACCAACGAGGCCGAGUGUGGUGAUUCUGUCGACUCGUAUGGCGGUGCCUUUCAAAGCGAAAAGGUUCUACUAGAGAUUUUGAACGAGGAAGAAUAGAAAAGAGAAUACUUCAUUUGAAACAGGACUUUUUCCGAUUCUAAACCGGGGCCAGUUGUCAACUCAAGAUGCCAAACAUUUUCUACGGAAUUGGAAAUUCCUAUGAUGGUCAUCUAAUUUCAAGGCAACAUUUAUAUGGGGCCUACAACCAUCUCAGCUCUGCAGAUUUUGCCACGAAGAGACAGAAUCAUUAGAUCACUUAUUUUUGUAUUGCCCAUAUAUACACUAUGUAUACAAAAUGAUGUGGACACCCAUUCAAAUUAGUGGAUUUGGCUAUUUCAGCCACAUUACAGCCUUAUUUCCCUCAUCAAUUAAUAUACAGAAGCACUUUAAUAAACAAUGAAUAUUCAUUACAUGUGACUAACUUCAAGCUUACAAAUAGAGCACAAUAGUUAAACCAAUAUCAGAUUGUUGAGGUUUCGAAAAGAUGUAUAAACUAGAGAAAUUAACAAUCCUAACAUAUAAUAACCCUUUUGUUUUCCUUUUUAAAAAUAUUUUUAUACUCAGAAGAUAGUACCUUGUUUGAAUUUCUAUUAUGAGGAUGUUGAGCGGGCUUAAUGUAUAAUAAUGUAUAGCAUUGCUGAAUGUAAUAUCUCUUUUUAAUUUUUUCUAAAUUGACGUCCAGUAGUAAUCUUAAAUCAAGGCAUAGGCAUCUUUCCUAACGCCAAACUGGGUGUUUGUUCUUUUGUCCUGAAGGUACUAAUAACUGAGAAAAGGACAUAAGACCAUAAGAACACCAAAAAAAAACACUUUCAUGAAACUCGACAGACAUUUCACCUACGACAAUACUGGAAACAAAUCAGUCAAAAAUGUAAAUUCCCCUUCUUCUUAUGCAAGUCUCUGUAACUAAUAUAUUACCAUAUGAUUAAAGAGAAACGACUUUGUUGUGACUAAUGAAAA